AUGCGGAGAUCUGCAGCACCAAGUCGUACUAGUCAGUCUCAAGAUCUGUCGAUAAAUUCCAACCUCGUAAAGACGGCUGAGUACAAGUCAGUUUCACACUGUUCCUCAAGUCCUAAAAUGAACAUUACGCCUACAAAUUUUAAUUUAUCUCAUGCUAUGAAAUGUUCCAGGUAUUUCGAGGCUGUAUAUGCUAAAGCAUCGACUAAAAAGCAUAAAAAAUGGGAAGGGGAUGGUUUUGUAGAGGUUGAAGGUCGAAUCAUAAAGCUUAUCAAUGAAGAUUUGAAAGUAAUAGCAUCUGCUUCUGGUCAUAAAUUAGCUUUUUUAAAUGAAAUUGAUAUUGGUUCAGUUGUUCAUAUUGGGUCUUAUGAAGCAGAGCUUAUUUCACUGAUAGAGAAGCCACAGUUAAUUAAUCUUUCCUCAAAAUCAAAUGAUGGCACUGAGGCGUUACAUGCACCGGCAAAAAUUUCGACAAGCAAACCAAGCACAAAUCUCAGUUUCUCACCAAAGACGAAUUCCAAAUCAAAACUGAAUGAGUCCUGGGGUUCUUCAAACCAUCUGGUUAUGCCCAAGCCUCCUGCUAACUGCAUUAAAAUAGAAUCCUCUCGUCCAAGAAUUUUACCUGGGACACUAUUAUCCAAGUAUGUCUUAACAUUACAUGAUAUUAAUUGCUUAGAUCCUAAAAUGGGGAAAGACCGACCAAGCAAAGACAACCCACCAAGUACAGUUACUCUUGGGGAACACUCAUAUCCUUACUAUGGAAUCAAUUAUAUUGAUGGAACUUUGUGUGAUCUAAAUCAGGAGCAUCGUACAGCAACUGUUAUGUAUAUAUGCCAUGAAAGUGUCACUGGACAGAUUGUUGAUGUGUCUGAAAUCCGAACAUGUCAGUAUCAAGUGGUUUUUGCCACGAAGUUUCUAUGUUCAAACCCUCUGUAUAAGCAAAAGCGUGCCCAUACCAAUCCAAUUUCAUGUCACUCAAAAAACAGUUCACCAAGCAAACCGUCGGCAUUAGUUGCUUUGGAGGCAGAACGGAAAAAGUUUCAGUCUCGUAGCUUUACUGACCUAGCUGCCCUUCUUAGCAAUGCUUUUAAAUCGAAGGUUAAGUUAAUUGAAAUCAGUGCAAAACAUGGUAAAGAUGUGCUUUUUUACCAAGUAAAUCCGGCUGAAGAUCCUGAUGAUGAAAGCACUUCUCAGGUCGAUAAUACAAAAACUAAUGUCAAUGAUGCUAAAAAUAGUCACGAUAGUUCAAGUUUUUCUGGUUUAGAUGUUGUAAAUCAAGUGUCGUCUAGCUUGAAAACACCAUCAUCAACAUCACCUAAGAUUAACCCAUCUAUGAUGAAAUCUGUCAAUGAUAAUCAGGUUAUGGAAUUUCUUCAAGGAAAACUUUGUUUAACUGGUAAUUUAGGUUGGUGGACAUAUGAAAUAUGCUUCAACAAGUUUAUAAGACAAUAUCACCUGGAUGCAAAUACAAAACAACUUCAAGAAAUUCGUCUUGGCCAUUGGGAUUUAGACGCACAUUUAAAAUGGUUUGAAGAGAAUAAUGUUAAAAAACAAAAAUCUUCCGGUAGUUCUAAUAGACAAAUUUCACUAUACUAUGGUCAAGGUGAUUUGUGUACAGAAACUAACAAACUUCGAGAAGUUGUGGUAAAAAUGAAAUGUUUACAUUCAACAAGUAAAGAUAUUUACUUGUCAUUCUCUGAGCCCACAAAGUGUAUAUAUUCAAUGUCGGUUGAAAGUUCUAUGUUUUGUGAUUUGAUUCCAUUGGCUGAUGAGAAUGAUAUUCUCCCGUUAGAUAAAGUUUAA